UCCGCCUCCCACCGUCACCCGGACCCCACAUGGCAGCCACGCGCAAGCCCCGAUCCCCGUCCGCCGCCGCCGCGGCCGGCGACCACCUCCGCUUCCUCCGCCCCGGCGCCCUCGCCCGCCUCCGCGACGCCAGGCUCCGCCGCCGCUCGAAGCCGGCCUACUCCCGCCCGGCCCCGGCCUCGCCGCAGCCGUCCCCCUCCCCCCCUCCCGCUCCCGCGCCCGCGGCGGGCGGGGACGGCGAGAGCGGGCCCUUCGUGCCCUACUUCGUGCCCGGGUCCAGAUUCCUCGCGCCGCGCUGCCCGCAGCGGAAGAAGCUCACGGCGGGGAAGGUGGUGGCGCUCUUCUCGCCGCCGAUGCCCAGCCCCGACCUGCCAUUCGAGGCGGUUAUGGAGUUCUUCAACGCGCCGGAUAUGGUCGUCGCCGCCCACUAGAUGGGACCCGUCGUGUUGUAUUAUUAGUCGUGGUAUACUUGUAGAUGCAUGGAUCCAGUCCCCUCCCUGUCAAUCUAGCUUCAUGUCUUACAGUUUAUUGUUUACCUUGUUUGUCUGUACCAAAUCGAUGUGAAAAACAAAUACUACUAUAAAGAAUAGUUCUGCAGAAUUUUGUGUAACUGCAAAAAUGGGGAAGAGAAGUGCCAAUUUGUUAUGCUUUCCUUCUACAAUCUAUUGGGUGAUCUGUGAAUUCAUUCGGGAUAUUUUGUUCUGGGCUCUCUAGUAGGCACAUACAUGCAGUACUAGGGGAAUUCAGUUGCUUGUCAGAUGUGUAU